GCCCUUCUUCCCCAUAAUCAAAUUUAUUGCCACAAAUAAUAUUAUUAUUACAUAGACACCUGCAACCAAUAACUACACUUUCUUCAUUACAGCCUCUCUCUCUCUCUCUCUCUCUCUCUCUCUCCAAGAAAAGUCGAAAGCCACACGCUCUCUCUCUAUAUCUGUCUGUGGUCUGUGUUGUUUCUCUCUCUCUCUCUACCCUAGAUGAAGCAGUGAUCUUCCAUUUGUCUUCUUGGACCUUCAAAUCAUCGAAUCAAAUCAUCAAUGGCGACGGCCACCAAUCCUGACAAUAUUCCAACUGGAUUUGAUCAUGACGACAGAAUUAAUGUUGACGAAAUCACGAGCCCAAUCGGAGCCCAAAUGUUCGAUUUUUGCGAGGCGGAAUUAUUCCCGGAGACAUUGCAAAACUCGGAGGUGGAUUCGAGCUCAAAUGGUUGCUACGACGAGCAAUCUUCUUAUCGGGCGAAUGCUUCAAUCGCCGGAGAUAUGAACUACAACAACACCGGCAUUGAUAACAACAACCUCAAGGUACCCACCGCCGGAGUGCCGUCAUCGCCGCCAAUUGCCGCCGCCGCCGGCGGCGGCGACGGCGACGACGGCAACACCAAUCUCUCCAUCAUAUUCGACAAUCCGGCCGACGAUCAAAUAGACAACAACGACAUCUCGGUGUCAAUUGACUUCACCCCUUCUCCGACUUUUUCAGCGCAUCAGAGCAGUUACCUUAACAACAGCAGCAGCAACAACAACAGCAAUCAAGAGGCUUUUAACAUCUCAUCAUUAAACAACCAAUUCUCAUUGGUCGGCGACAUGAUGACGGCGCCGCCGCCGCUCCAUACGGCGCACCAAUACCCGCCGCCGGAGCGGUGGUCGACCAUGCCCCCCCCGCCGGUGGUGCCCCUCUUAGGGCCACCCCUCUCGGCAUCUUACGACGAGGAUUGCUUGCCAUCCGUCCCGUCUUACCUCCGAAUGAGACCUUCGCAGCCUCCUUGCUCCCUCAUCGACCCCGGCAUGAUGGCGCCAUACUUGCCCUCCACCGCCGCCGCUGCCGCCAUGAAUCCCUCCUUUCCGGCCGACAACUCUGGAAUCUUCUCCGGCAAUGGCUUGAUGUUGGGAAGUGAUUUUUCACAUCAUGACUUAGAAUUUCAGGGAGAUAGCAGCAACAUUUUCCUCUCUGAUAGCAUGCCAAGGGUUUUCAAUUGCUCUAAUGAUCUCCAGGCACUAAGUAGUGAGAGCCAACAUCUUGUCCAUGGAGGAGCAAAUGCAGCCGCGCCAUUGGCGUCGGAGAUUUCGAGUUUGGAAGAUCCGACAUUCAAGGCAGGCAAGCUAUCGGUAGAAGAAAAGAAAAGGAAGAUCCAUAGAUACCUGAAGAAAAGGAACGAAAGGAAUUUCAGCAAGAAGAUCAAGUAUGCGUGUCGAAAGACCCUUGCGGAUAGCCGGCCUCGGGUGAGAGGGAGGUUCGCCAAGAACGACGAACUCGGAGAAAUCGCAAGGACCUCCGGCAGCAACCAUGAAGAAGACAUUGAUGAAGAUGUCAUGUUUUCCAAUUCCAUCCCUGAUCACCAAAGAAAGGUGGGAAUGAAAGGAGACGACAUGGAUUCUUCUGACAUAUUUGCACACAUAAGUGGAGUGAAUUCAUUCAAGUGCAACUAUCCUAUCCAAUCUUGGAUUUGAAUCAAGAAGCCCUUCUGUCACCAGUUUUGCUUCAUAAAAUCAUCAAUACAAUACAAUACAUAUAUACAUUAAAACAUACACAAGCACAUAUAUUUCAUCGAAACAUGUAGCAGAAAUUUUUAAGCAAGAACUAGCUAGUAAUAAAUAUAAUUUGGAGACUUGAUAUAUAAAUAUAUCUAUAGUUUAUAAAACACAUACAAGAUAUGUGUGGUAGUCAUGCAACGCAACAGCUUCUUGAAAUCAUAUAUAAGCUGAGUACUGUAAUUUUAUUUUUUUAUGUACAUAUACACACACAAUACAAGUGAUCGAUCGAUC